CAUUUUUUUUUUAUUUCUCGUCCUUUCCUUAUCACAAAUAUACUGUUUCUAGGACAUGACCUUUAAUCUUGCAUUGCAGAAGGUAGUCUUGAAGAUAAUGACCAUGAAUGAUGAAAAGACAAAGAAGAAAGCCCUAGAGACUGUUGCCAACAUUUACGGCGUUGAUUCAAUUGCGGCGGACUUGAAGGAGCAAAAGCUGACUAUCAUUGGAGAGAUGGACACGGUUGCACUAGCCAAAAAACUAAAGAAAAUAGGGAAAGUAGAGAUUGUUACAGUGGGACCAGCUAAGGAAGAGAAGAAAGAUGAGAAAAAAGAUGAAAAGGAUGAUGAAAUGAACUGACAAAGAUUUACUUGCCCCUAGACGGCUAGUCCUGACCCUUUUCUGUAUUAUCUAUAGAAAUCGAAGAGUGUGUUGUUUGUACAUCCUUUUAGCUUGGCUGUGACUAAACAUGCCAGCAUA